AUGCCGCAUGGCUUGUGUAUACGUCCUCGUGACGUGCUGGUCCUCGUGCUGGCCCUCCUCGCCAUCGCCACAUCGUCCGUGCGUGCGUCUUGGUGGCUUCCUCAGAAGCGAUUCAAAGACGAUGCACUGAUUGACGUCGGCACUUUGGGUCUAGAUGAUGCCCAUGGCCAAAUCGUGGCGUGGGCCUACCAUAACGACGAUCGAUACGUCGAUGCACUCCUUGUCGAUGCCGACCGACAGACUGUGCGUGUUCAUGAAUGGAUGCAUACCAAGUUUCAAUUUAAUAGCACUCCGGCCGCGCAAGUCCGUGUGCCAGACAACAUGCGCAUUGUCAACGUUGUUCCUGCUGACCUAAAUUACGAUGGUCGUACAGACUGGCUCGUGAUGACAGAAUCCACGCAGGCAGGCGAGGCGCCUCUCUCGCUGUUUUUGUGGCCCAGCCAAACCGAUGGCCAGCUUGGCUUGCCGAUCACCCUGCCUGCCUCUGACGCACCGCAUCCCUUGCUGGUCGAUGCCUCCGGCACACUGCAAGGCGAAUUGCUUGGUCAUGCGACUGCCAAGCCGGGCACAUUGACACUGUGGCGUCGCGAUGAGGCCACGUCGCAGUAUAGCUUGGAAGAGCUGACGAUGCACGGCGACAUUUCGCCGUGCCAGCUAGCCCACCCACACAGCUCUGCCCAUGUCGAUAUGAAUGGCGAUUGUCUCGCAGAUCUGUUCUUGGUAUGCCAAGGCCCAUUGUCCUCGCGCUUAUCGUACCAAAUCUGGACGGCGCGUAUCGAUGAGCCUCGGACGUACGAUUUGGCUCGUGCAGGCGACUUGCCGCCUGGCACAGGCGCCUUGUCGUUUGCAGAUAUGAACCGCGAUGGGACGAUGGACGUCGUUUUCCCGACAUGCGAGCGAGGACGAUGCAUGCUCAACAUCGCCUACAACGAACAGAUGCCGUUGUGUGAGCGUGAGAAGCGCGGUAUGAUUACGUGGCCCAACAUGACGACACCCCCUGAUCGAUGCCGUGAUGAAUUGCAGCUUUGUGAGGCGGAUCCGCAGUUCCGUCUAGACUUUUCCGUGGAGGAGGCCAAUACCCUACUUGCCCGCCUCCCCCUGGACACAUUGACGGGCGAUGCGUCACUGCUGCUGCAAGACGACAUUGGAUCGCACAGUGUGCCUGUACCUAUACGCAUUGGCGACUACAAUAUGGACGGCUAUCCGGACGUAGCGCUUCUCACAGUGCCACCCCGGGCAGCGCCUGGUCGGACGCGUGUGCAUUUGCUGGAGAGCACCGUGUGUCCUAAACGUGGCGCUGUAGGCUGUGCCGCUGGCGCAGAGGUGGAGCAUCGCACCUUUGUGCGUGUGAAUGGCACCGUGCUCGACACGAUGGAGUACGUACGCAGCGUCUCGUUUUUGGAUUUGGACGAGGACGGGACGUUGGAUUUGGUCUUGCAGUCCAUUGAGCCCCUUGCUUCCCGCACAUCAGAUGCACGCAGUGUGUCGUUUGUACAGAACAACUACUUCCAUGACGCGUUCUUCCUCAAGACCCUGACGCUCAACGCCGCCUGUGGCGCACGAUGCGAGCCAACUGAUGCGAAGGCGUACGCGCCAUGGGGUAGCGCGCUAGGCGGCGCCUCCUACAAGUUCUCUGUGCUUGAUCCCAAUGGUGUGCGGCGUGCGCAGCAAGUGGGCCAGCAGCCUCAGACAGGCUACGCGGCGCUUCUCUCGCCGUCCGCGUUCUUUGGAUUGGGCCGCACCAACAACUAUGUCGAGUCGCUGUUCGUCGGAAGCACACGCCGCCAAGUCCCACCCUACCUUGUGCUCGAAGGCGUGGUGCCCAACAGCGAAGUCGUUGUCAUUCCCACGGGCUCUGCGCCGGAGUUCUGGCGCCGCGAGCUGUUCCUCCACCCAGCCGACUGGAUCCCGUUCGUGACGUUGACGCUGUGUGCGCUGAUCGCGCUGCUCAGCGGGAUCGUCUUCAUGCUCGACCAGCGUGAGAAGCGCGAGGACGAGCGAGAGCGCUUGCGUGCCGUGCAUGCCAUCAACUUUGAUGCGUUGUAG